AUGCAAUGCUUCACAAUACCUAUCAAUAUUCUUAAGGAGAUUGAGAAGGUGUAUAGGAGCUUCUUUUGGGGUCAAAAAGGUGAUGAGAAGAAAGUAGCAUGGGUGGCAUUGGAGAAGAUGCAUAAAUCAAAAAGAGAGGGUGGAAUGGGGUUCCGGAAUAUGCAUGUUUUUAACAGAGCCCUCUUAGCUAAGCAAGCAUGGAGAGUGAUAACAAAUGAGGAGUCUUUGAUGGCAAAAGUCCUAAAGGGGAAAUACUUCCCCGCCAAGUCUUUCAUGGAAGCUACGGUCUCGCCAAAUUCCAUCUAUCCUUGGCGAUCAAUUUUGUCCGCAAGAGAUGUAUUGAGUAAAGGAGCAAGAAUAGUGGUUAGUGAUGGCUCUGCAAUACGAAUUUGGGAGGACCCUGGGGUGCCAAAUUUGCCCAACUUUCGAGUUACAACAGGUGAAGCACGUAAUGAAGAGUAG